AUGGGAAGGGGCCGUUUGUUGCUGGCUGACCCCGCGAGUCGCGGCGAGGACUGCGCCCGCCUGCCACACAUCUCCAUUCCGAAUCUUCAAAUCGACAAGGAAUCCCUUCGCAUUGUUCUCGAGGAUGGUUCCUCGCCCGAGAACGCGAGUCCGAGCUCUGCCGACCCUCUCUUGCGCGAGACGGGGAAGCGCGUCAAGGUUGCCUCCGCAGCACUCGACCGUGGUGCGGAGCCCACGGGAGAUCCGAGCUCCGGGGCGCCUGGAAAAAAUCCGAGUCGGCGGCACAUCUGCGAAGGAUGUGGCCGCAGUCGCUCUUUCUGGUGUGGGAGUUGCCAUCGCGCCGUGGGUUCGCCGGAAGCUCGUGCACGGAUUCCCCGUCUCCAGUUGCCUUUCCCUUUCCACAUUGUGCGGCACCCUAAGGAGAAGGCGAGCAAAUCGUCCGCAGUUCCCCUCGCCAUUCUCGCUCCAGAUCACGUCCACAUCCACAUGUUCCCGGACCUUCCCGCGUCUCUGUUUCCAGUGGACUCUGGUGCGACGCCGUCCGAGUUAGGCCGCGUGGGCCAGCGCGAACCGCCGGCGAGGGCGGCCAGGCGCCUCCACGUGCUGCUGCCUGACGAUGACGCGACGCCGAUUGACCAAGUGAACUGGGACGACGUGGAAGGCUGCGUGCUGCUCGACUGCACGUGGUUCCAGGUUCCGGGGCUUCGUCGCCACCCAGGCAUUGCUCCGCUCCCAAAGAUCGCGCUGCCCAGCCACAGCUCGAUUUUCUGGAGGCAACACAAACGCAACGAGGCCUGCUUCCUCUCGACAGCGGAGUGCGUCUACCACGUCCUCGUCGCGUUCCACGAAGCGGUCGCGGGGAGGAAGCGUCCGACGGCGACGGAAAGAAGGGAAAACGGCCACGACUGCGAGGCGGCGCUCCCCGGAAAGGAAGGCGCGACAGAUUCGCGCGCGAAGGAAGGUGGAGACCGCGAGGCGAACAGUGAAAACGGCGGCGCCGAGGCAGCUCGCGAGACUGCGCGUUUGCGCGCCGGUCCUGGCGAGGCUCGAGAGAACUCCGCAGAGAAGGAUGGCAGUGCUGGGCUGCGAAGCAUGAGCCGAGUGGAAGGCGACAGCGGAACGGGGUCCAAUCGCGCUCUGAGCAGCGCAGAGGGGGAACCGGACACAGCGACAGCGAGGCAUCGCCCAAGUGACGGGGUCUUGGAGAGUGACGCGGAGGCGGCGCGGGAAUGCCGGCGCACACAGGCCGCAGCCUACGACGGGAGAUACGACAACAUUCUCUUCUACUUUGUUCUGUGCCACGGGAUUAUCUUGGAAGACCAAAAGAGGCGACUCGAGGAUAGGCAGAAAGAAACGCGUGUCACGGGGAUGCGUGGCUAA